UUAACUGCAGACGAGGACCCGGGUUAUUUUCCAGACAACGGAUUCUUUGCAAAUACAUUAGCCUACAAUGGGAGUUCGAUUUACAACGAAUUACCCUACACCGCUACACAAGCUGGUCCAUCCUCCGCCUCGUUAAUUUCGACUCCGGAGUCUGACCUUGACUCAUCCAAGGACGGAGAUGAUGUCCAUCUCACUGGCACCAACUCUCAAUGGAAAUCCACAGACGGAAGUUGGGCUAGUGCUAAUGAUUUGACCAUUGAUACCGAGCGCACGGGAGGUGCUACAGGCCCCACUAGGCGGAGGACGCUGCGUUACAGUUCCUCACCUUCUCCUCUCAAACGAACGGGCUCAGCAUUCAUGGUAAUGUCAAAGCACCUUCAACGCGCAUCUCUCCGCGUUGUUAAUCUUUCAGGCCAUGCCUCGGACAAUUCAAUCCGCAUACCAGAUGAAGACUUUGACGGUGGCGAGUAUUCUCCCAUACAAGAUAACAAGGAACCUCUCGAAGAACAAUGGAACGAACAACAAGUGUUCCUUACCAGAAAGCUGACUCCCUUACGAGGGCGCACUCUCGGUUUCUUAGAGUCCUCCAGCACGUUUCGUCUUCGCCUCUAUGGCUUCCUUUCUCACCCAUGGACCGAACCUCUGAUACUUUGUUUAAUAAUUCUUACUGCCUGUGUAUUGAUAUCUCAAGCAUCUCACUCAGUCCUUCUUCCCUCGGAUCAGUCUAUGCCGACCUCACUUAAGGGUUUCUUUUUUGCUUGGGAGGAUUAUGUUCUUUUUGGGUUGUUCACCCUAUUCACGUUUGAAGCAAUUGCGCGAAUAUGCGUUUCUGGAUUUCUGCUAGAUCCUGAAGUUCCGAUAUCAGCUUUCUUUGUAAGUCCGACAUCAUCAAUAACGUCGACCUCGAGGUCCUUCUAUGAUCGUAUAUCGUGGCCUUUCAAACUUUCCGAGGCUACCACGUCACGUUCGAUGCCUGACAUAGCAGUUCGUCCAAGGAAUUUGCCUCACGACGCUUCACGUCAAGAAAAACAGACCAUAGUAGAUGGGCCUUCUUCACGCGCCCAUCUCCGGAAUCCCUCACAGCCAACUUUCUUCUCCCGUGCCCUUCGGUCAGACCAAACACCUUCGGACGUGGUCUCACUGCCAUUCCGAUUAAACAUCGAUAGUGCACGCGACAAGGUGUAUCGUAAUAUGCCAUACUUGCGCCAAAGCUGGGGAAGAAUUGACUUCAUCGCCAUUCUCAGCUUCUGGUUGAGCUUUGCACUCGCGAUGGCAGGCGUGGAGCGUGGGUCUCAUCAUGUCGCUGCGUUCAGAGCGAUGACUGUGCUGCGAAUAGCAAGGCUUCUCGCUAUUACUUCUGGAACUACUACAAUCAUGCAAUCACUGAAGAUCGCUCGGCCGCUGCUUACUAACGUGGCAUACUUUGUUGUCUUCGCUGCGGUGCUAUUCUCGAUAAUUGGCAUCCAAUCGUUCAAGGGUUCUUUUCGACGGAAUUGCUAUCUUCAGCCCACCCUCGGAGAAAAUCAAACGCAAAUAUCACAAUCUUGCGGUGGUUACAUUGAUCCGGGUACCCUAAAUGUCUCUCCUUAUUUACAAUUGGAUGGUACAUCAGGCUCCGCGGCCAAGGGUUAUAUCUGUCCUUUGGGGCAGGUUUGUCAGGAGGGAGACAAUCCAUACAGUGGCAUCCAGAGCUUCGACAAUAUUUAUUAUGCCGCGCUUCAAGUUGUCGUCGUGACUUCGGCCAACGGCUGGUCCCCGAUCAUGUACUCGAUCAUCGACGCCGAAUUUUUUGUCUCCUGCUUCUAUUUCAUUGUCUGCAUCCUCGUGUUGAACAUCUGGCUUAUCAAUCUGUUCGUUGCUGUGAUAACGAACUCGUUCUCUGCCAUACGUGCAGAUACGCAGAAGAGUGCCUUUGGUGCUGCACCACUAGGACUUGUCGUCGAAGAGCAAGAAGAGGGUUGGUCAGACGGGAAACACAUUUCUCAGAGCAACUCGCUCAAGGAAUUCUAUACCCAUACGCGCUGGUGCUGGGUAUUUCUGGCUCUCGCAUCGCUCGUGGUACAAGCCACCGCCAAUGCUGAUAUGAGCGACCUGCAUCAACAGAUACUUGACAAGUCAGAGCUAGCGCUUACAGUGGCCUUCGACAUCGAGAUCAUCAUCCGCAUUGUAGCAGAGCUCCCAGCUUGGCGAAGAUUCUUCCAGCACGGGAACAACUGGCUGGAUCUUGUGUUGGCUGUGGGGUCGAGUGUUAUUCAAAUUCCGGCUAUUCACAACUCGGAGCUAUACCCCUGGUUGACGAUAUUUCAACUAGGGAGGUUCUACAGGGUGAUUCUAGAGUUCCCGAGAAUGAAACCGCUCAUGGCGAGUCUACUCACGGUCUUUGGGAAUCUUUAUGGUCUAGUGAAUAUGACGCUUUUCUUACUGCUCGUCAACCUCCUUGCCGCGUUGGUCUGCGUGGAGCUCAUUCGCGGUGAUAUGAACGACUCGAUUGGGUUGAAUUUCGGACAGUUGUGGAAUUCGUUCCUCGCCAUGUACCAGAUCUUUUCCUCCGAGAAUUGGACGAAUGUCUUGUACUCGACAGCAAUUGCAGAGAUUUCCCUGGGGCAGGCGGUGAUCGUGAUUAUUUUCUUAUGCUCGUGGCUUAUAUUCGCAAAUUUCAUCGUGAUGCAGAUGUUCAUCGCCGUCAUUCAUGAGAACUUCAGUGUGGCAGAAGAAACGAAGAAGAGUAAACAGGCAUCGGACUACUGGGUUCAACACCACCCACAGAGGGUCACGCACAAUAGUUGGACUCGCAAGUUGAAUCCGUAUCGAUGGAUCAAGGCGGAUCCCGUUCGCGUCAAGGUCGAAAACCUUCCUUCGAACCUGGUCUUACCAAUGCAGAAAACGCUUGUGCAAGAUUACGGGGUUGUUAGACAGCACAACCGAAACGGGGUUAAACCCGUUCCGUUGAAGGGUGCGAGGCAUCUGCCUUCAAAAUCGCUGACGAUGCUUCAACAACUGUUUUCUGGGACUACGGAUUCUAAUGAUGUGCCGUUGGCGGACUUACGACAGAGCCGUCGUGAGUCGACAGCAGUGCAAAACGAAGAGACGGAGCGUUAUCUCGAUAUUCUCGCCAAGGCGGGCAACGGCACCGACACGACCGAGAACGACCAUGAUGAGCAUUCCGAGCGGAAGGCGCAGAAGGCGGACUUUAUCAUUGACCACCCGACAUAUGAUAAGACCUUUUGGCUUUUCUCGCAGGAAGAUCGUCUUCGGAAUAUGUGCCAGAAGGUUGUCAAGCCUGCUGGCGGAGAGCGCCUAUUCGGAGCCCCACCCUCCGAUGUUGCCCAUACGUUAUUUCAGCUCAUGAUCUUGUUGACUGUGCUUGGUGGUAUCAUCACGGAGGGCGUAGCCACCCCUUUGUACCGGCGCAAUUACUACAUGGAGCACGGUAUGGUGCGUGGUACUUGGUUCAACAUUGCCGAGAUAGCGCUCGGUGUUCCUUUGCUAGUCGAACUCAUUAUCAAGAUCAUCGCCGAUGGUUUCUUGUUCACCCCAAACGCCUACGUCAAAAGCAUAUGGAAUAUCCUGGACUUCAUUAUACUCAUCGGUAUCCUAGUGAACUUGUCAUUCACGCUCAUUUUUGUCAGUGGAUUGACUCGUUUCAUCCACGCACUCAAAGCUCUUCGAGCUCUCCGCCUUGUGACCUUGAUCGAGAAAAUGCGGAACACAUUCGAAUCACUCAUUAUUUCCGGGGUGACUCGUAUCUUGGAUGCCGCCAUUUUGGCGAUCCUGUAUCUGAUUCCCUUUAGCGUUUGGGGCGUCAAUAUAUUUGCAGGAUUAAUGAAUGAGUGCAACGAUACCAGUGUCCAAGGCCUCGACGAUUGCACCAACGAGUUUGUCAACACAAUAUACGGCACCUCUUUCGGAUAUUUAGCCCCUCGUGCCUGGGACAAUCCUUCACCUUCCACGACGUUCUCCUUCGACAACUUUCGAUCUUCGAUGCUCAUUCUUUUUGAGAUUGUAUCGUUGGAGGGGUGGAUCGAUGUGAUGUUGGUCUCGAUGAAUAUUACUGGGAAGAACCAACAACCGCAGGUCGACGCUUCGCAGAUCAACGCUAUUUUCUUCGUCAUCUACAAUUUGCUCGGAGGCGUUGUAAUUCUGACUCUUUUUGUCAGUAUUAUCAUCGGAAACUUCUCAUCCAAGACGGGUUCUGCAUUCUUGACCCAACCUCAACGAGAAUGGAUUGACCUACAGAAACUGAUCAAACGCCAGAAACCGUCGAAGCGUCCUCAGACUCGGCCUACUCAACUAUUACAAGGAUGGUGCUACGACCGUGCGAUCCACAAGCACGGCUGGUGGACGCGAAUGAUGACGUGCUUCUUUGUCGUACAAAUUAUCGUUCUCAUGACGCAAACAUUUACAGUUCAAGUAGCUGUUGCAAAAUUUCAAGACGACUUCUCGCUGAUCAUCACAACGAUGUAUGUCGUCGAUAUCGCAGUUAGGUUCUACGGUGUUGGGUGGAGGAGUUUCCGAGCCAACGGGUGGAAUUUGUUUGAUGUUGUAGUGGCCGGCGGUAGUUUCAUCACGACGUUGGUCGUUCGAUUUGGGUACAUGGGUUUUGCCGUUGAGCAGCUGCAGAAACUGUUCCUCGUCAGUAUCGCGUUCAAGCUCGUGCAGAGGACCAACAGCCUUAAUCAGCUCUUCAAGACUGUUAUGGCGAGCUUGCCCGUCAUCUUGAACCUCCUGGGCCUGUGGUUCAUACUUUUUAUCUUCUUCGCGAUCAUGUACAUGGAGGUCUUCGGCUUGACAAAAUGGUAUUCUGCAGAAACUCACACUCAGAAUUACCAAACCAUGGGUUCGGCGCUCGUGAUGCUCGCAUUCAUGAGUACGGGCGAGGGCUGGAACCAAUACAUGCAUGACUUUGCUCUGGCAUAUCCGCGGUGCACCAUCAACACUAGUGGGCUAGUGGAAACGGAUUGUGGAAGUACCCCUUGGGCGUUCUCCCUCUUCAUCGCUUGGAACCUCCUGAGCAUGUAUAUAUUCGUGAACAUGUUUACUGGAGUCGUCGUGCAGAAUUUCUCCUACGUUUUCCAGUCGACUGGCGGAGCAAAGGUCAUCACUCGUGAAGAAAUUCGUUCGUUCAAGAAAACGUGGGCGGAGUAUUCCAACCCAAAGACUGGACUGCUCGAACAAAGGCGAUUGGUUCCGUUCCUAGGUAAAUUAAAUGGGAUUUUCGAGGUUCGCAUAUACCCAACUGAGUACUCCGUUCCAUCCAUUGUCUCGACGUGCAAAGACAUCCGGAAGAUUGCGACGAAAGAAGGGACGAAAGUGGAGACGACAUUGAAUCCACGGAAAGUAAACAAGGUGCUGAGGAAGGUCGACUUCGACAUUAUAAAACAGCGAAGAGCAGUAUAUUGCCGGCUAUUUCACGAAGCCAGCAUUAUUGACAGCCAUCGCAAAGGCAUCUCGUUCACCGACAUGCUUUUUCUUUUGGCCCACCAUAAGCUGAUUGUGGACCGCGACGCACUAGAGCUGAAGGAUCUAAUCGUGAGGCAAGGGACGAACAAACUUGUGUCAGAUUUGGUGAACCUCGACCGUGUUCGUUCUUUGCUGAAAAUGAUAUCACUGCGACGAAGAUAUUUGGCCAAGCGAGAAAUGACACUCAGUGCGCAAAGAGACAUCCCCGCUAUUCAAGUCGACCCUGCACCAUCCACUCCACCCCCAUUAACUCGCGAUAUCACUUCACCUCGUAGUGACCACGGCCGUUCAGACAAAAGCCCUUCUAGCCCAACUCCCUCUCCCCGAACACUUGGCCCUUCCCCAGAGCUUAAUGCCUGGGAUCAUUCCUUCCGAAGUAGUCUUCAGCGUUCCCGCAGAACAAGCGAUGUCAGCAUGCUUUCUGCCGACAUGGGUCAUGGUUACUGGAGAGAUAGUUCAUUAGACAUCGGUGAUCAAGAAGGCAUCGUGUCAUCUAUGCAGCGUUCUAUAUGGGGUGAGAUUAUGCAGCAAGCUGCAGAAGAGGACGCUUAACUCGAUCUUAUUAUUUCAACUAAUCAUGGACGUUUUACGGACACUAACUAUAUUGCAUGUGUACCUCCAACAAUCAACACACUCGCUUGU